AUGAUUAGCGUCACCGUUACUCGAAAUAUCGUCGGCAUUAUCGGGAACGUCAUCUCCUUUGGCCUUUUUUUCUCCCCUGUAACAACAUUUUAUAAAAUAAUAAAGAAUAAGUCCAUGCAAGAGUUCAAGCCAGAUCCUUACAUUGCAACUGUUCUAAAUUGUAUGUUUUGGGUAUUUUAUGGAAUGCCUUUUGUUCAUCCCGACAGUGUUUUAGUCGUCACCAUUAAUGGAGUUGGUCUUUUUAUUGAACUUGCUUAUUUGACAAUUUUUGUCAUCUUUGCUGAUAACAAAGGACGGAAAAAAGUCGGUAUUUGUUUGUUGAUAGAAGUCAUAUUUGUCGGUAUCAUUGUUGCAAUAACAAUGUUAGCUUUGCAUGGAACCAAAAAUAGAUCCUUGAUGGUUGGAAUCAUUUGUGACAUUUUCAACAUCAUGAUGUAUAUUUCUCCUCUAACCAUCAUGAAAAAAGUGAUAACAACAAAGAGUGUGAAGUAUAUGCCUUUUCCACUUUCAUUGACAAACUUUCUCAAUGGUUGCGUUUGGACAGCUUAUGCACUCAUCAAAUUUGACCCCUAUAUGUUGAUAAGCAAUGGUGUUGGAGCAAUUUCAGGUUUUCUCCAAUUGAUUUUGUAUGGUUAUUACUCAGUGAUGGGUUCAAAAGAAGAUGAUGAAAUUACAGAGAAAGAACCUAAGAAGAUUCAACUCUCCAACUUAAAUGGACUAUCCAACGUCUAA